AUGAAGUUCUUCGCUGUCGCUGCUUUCUUCGCCGCCGCCGUCAUGGCCUCUCCGACCGCUCCUAUCCCCGGUGCUGCCGCCGGUAACGGUAACGAGCCAAAGAUCACUCAGACUCAGACGAAGACCAACACCAACAUCAAUCAGACCCAGCAGAACAGCUGGAAUACCGUAUGCAGCGCUCAGAAGGGCUACCACCCCGUCUGCUGCGACAAGGUGGACGCCUCCAAGACUUCGACCGCCAAUCUCGGUCUUCUGAGUGGUCUCCUCGGUAAUGGUCUCGGUGACAUUCUCGGUCUCGACAACCUUGUUGGAGGCAGUCCUGAGGCUUGCAGUGGUCUUGUUUCCGCCCUCAACAAGCAAUGCCAGACCAACAUUGGUUGCUGCCAGCAGAACGCCGACAGCAGCAACACCCAGAACGGGCUGCUCAACCUCAACCUCCAGGCUCCUUGCCUUCUCAGCAACGGCCUGUAG